AUGUUUCUGAAAUGUUUUGGUGAGUCAAGUUCAUCCGGAAGACAAUAUCCAACAGUAAUAGAAGAGUUGUGUCGUCAUUUUUCUCUUGCUGAUAUUCAGAAAUCAACCAACAAUUUUGAUGAUAAAAGACUAAUUGGACGAGGAGCGUGGGUUAAAGUUUACGAAGGUUGUCUCCAGCAUAUUGAUGGUUCUGAUUACGCUGUCACAGUGAGGCGAUAUAAGGAGGACAGUGAAAUAUUCAAAAGAGAAGUAGAGUUACUGUGUCAGCUUCAUCACCCAAAUUGUGUGUCUAUUGUAGGAUUUUGCAACCACAAAAAAGAGAAGAUCACUGUGCACGAAUACAUGUCCAAUAGGUCUCUAAUUUCCUACCUGGGAGAUGAGGUUAGGGAAGCACUGCCAUGGAAAAAAAGGAUAGAGAUUUGCAUAGGAGCAGCGCGUGGACUACACUACCUUCAUGCCGGACUCAAGCGCACCAUCGUUCACCGCAACAUCAAUUCUGCCAGCAUUCUUUUGGAUGACAACAUGCACCCAAAAUUCUCAGGUUUCAGCCUUAGUUUAAUGGGAGCACAUUUCAAAGAAAAGUCAAAACCAAUACAAACGGAUCUUAUAGGUCGUCCAGGCCGCUUACCUCUGGAGUACGUAAGGGACGGUACUGUCACACAUAAAUGUGAUAUUUACUCAUUUGGUGUUGUUCUGCUUCAAGUUGUAAGGGGAACAAGAAUUUUUCCAAUACUAAAAGAACUUAUGGGGACGUCUGUUGAAGAGAAUAUUGAUCCGAAAAUCAAAGGAAAGAUUGCACCAGAGUGUUGGCUAGUGUUUAUAGACAUAGCCUUGAGAUGCAUAAAGGAUGAUCGGGACGAACGACCAGAAAUGGGUGAAGUGGAGGUGCAACUUGAGCUUGCUCUGUUGUUGCAGGAACAAGCAGAUAUCACAAACAUCAAUAAUUGUUAUACCUUAUCGUCCAAAACCAUUAUGGACCCAAAAUCAGAGCGGAAGUGGGGAUUUGAAGCUGUGCCUACUGAGCUUUUGAAGUAGUCAAGUUUAAUAAGAUAUAUCUAGCUUUGUUCUUGGCAGUUUGAUGAAUGUGAUUGUAUGUUGUAGUUGCUAUUACAUAAAGGAGAAUAUGUUUUUAUA